CAACAAGCCGUGGCCCAAUUAGCUUAUUUAUAUAAUAGCAGUACCGAUAAUUGUUCAACUCAACCACCGUCGGCAAUCCAACACGCGUUCUUAUAUAAUCCUACCGCUUAUCCUUCGCCGCCCUUGGACGCUUCCACCGCGCUUCCUUCAUCAAGAAUGAAUACGAAUGAUUCCGGUGACCAUCACCAUCACGGAAACACCGAUAACAACCAAAAUUAUCACAGCGGACCUAUAAUCACAGAUAAUUCUCAGCUCAAUACCUCUCAACCUUCAUUCAACGCUGAUCAGAAACCACCACCACCGCAAACAAUCCCCACCAUAACAUCAGAAGGUUAUCAUCAAACGGCCUCAAGUUACCCCGCCGCCCCCCAAUACCAACCCCCGAUGGAUCGCCGAGCGAUGAUUCCAAUUCACCAUCCAGCGGCCAAGAUCGAGCCUGGAACCUCAGAAGGAACAUCAGAAACCUGGACUCGCAUUCCAGAAACAGCAGGUACAUCAUAUUCUUUUGGACAAUAUGCGACGAAACCAGCAAAAGGCUUUGAUGAACGGGCGCUAGAUCCUUUUUUCGCCGAAUCAUCUAUGAAAAUACCCACUGGUUCAAGCACUGCUCCGCCGAUGGGCUAUUUUAAUCCUGGAUCAGUUGGUUAUGAUCGUAAUGGAAUUCCGCAUUCU